GUGAUUUUAUUUAGAAUGUUUUCAUUGUUGCACAAAGAGGAGAAUGCACAUGACAACGCGCUAUGGGCAUGCGCCUGGGGACGCGUCCCAGAGCCGGCAACUGAAGAUGUCAGCGCCGUACAAGAGGAAGAGAAUCCAUUUAAUUUUGAGAAAAAGGAGAAGAAACCAACGGAUUUCAUAGUGACCGGGGGUCUGGACGAUCUGGUCAAAGUAUGGGAUAUACGUGAAGAUAACACCUUGGAACUACGACACAAGUUAAAAGGUCAUGCCCUUGGUGUGGUCUCUGUUGCCGUGAGCUCCGAUGGUCAAACCAUUGCCAGCAGCUCGCUCGACUCUAGCAUGUGCCUGUGGGAUGCCAAAACGGGCGAUAAGAAACAUAUGCUAACAUUUGGCCCCGUAGAUUUGUGGACAGUAGGCUUUUCGCCAUGCAACAAGUAUGUCAUAUCUGGCCUUAACGAUGGCAAGAUUUCAAUGUACAGCGUGGAGACUGGUAAAACGGAACAGGUGCUGGACGCCCAGAAUGGCAAAUACACGUUAAGCAUUGCAUAUAGUCCUGAUGGUAAAUACAUUGCAAACGGUGCAAUCGAUGGCAUCAUUACCAUAUUCGAUGUGGCUGCUGGCAAAGUGGCCCAGACUCUGGAGGGUCAUGCCAUGCCUGUACGCAGUCUCUGCUUCUCGCCAAACUCACAAAUGCUGCUCACGGGUUCUGACGAUGGACACAUGAAGCUCUACGAUGUUGCACAUUCCGAUGUGGUAGGCACACUGUCUGGCCACGCCUCUUGGGUGCUGUGUGUAUCCUUUUCGGAGGAUGGCAAACACUUUGCCAGCUCGUCUAGUGAUCGCAGCGUUAAAAUCUGGGAUACAUCGGAGCGCAAAUGUAUUCAUACCUUUACCGAGCACUCAGACCAAGUGUGGGGUGUACGGUACAGCCCGAGCAACGAUAAAGUAAUAUCUGCUUCAGAAGACAAGUCAUUGAACAUAUAUUACUGUCCACCGAAUGCUAUCGUGUGAUACA